CAAACUAUGUAUUUUUUAUGCUACAUUUUGUAGAAAAAGUAACAAAUAAUUUGAAAUAAGUACAUCAAUAAUGAGACAAUAUAUAAGUGGGAUUAGUGUUUUCAUUGUUUCGUAUUUUUCUUUUCAUUAACAUAUUACAGAAAUACAUAUAUAUGUAGUAAAUAUUUGUCAUUGAAACAACAAGAAUAAUACACGUUUCGAUAGGUGUAAUCGAAAAUAAGAAGAUUUAAAAUAACCUCAAUAACACGAGAAAAUGAUCUAAAACAGAGAUCUGCAAAAUACUUUGAAGUACAUAACACACUUUAUGUAUCACUGAGAUUCUAACUGAUUCGAAUACGAACGUCAGUGUUUUUUUUAGCCUUUAUAUUAAAAAUACAAAACAGAAGUAAGGAAAAUAAACAUAAUAUUUUCCUGAAUUUAUUUUAUUUUAUUCAAUAUCUACAUGUAAAAGAUAACGAUUCUGUAUAAGAUUGACGGUUAAAUAUUAGUUCGGGAAUCCCGCUAAAUAUGUUAAGACAACAGUUUUCUGAUUGAUCGACAGUCACGACACUAGAUGGUGGACGGUGCCAUUUUUGUCACCUUAGUAGCGCGCAUGGAGCGCGUGUAAAAUUAAGUACAUUGAAAGAAUCUUUUUGAAUUGAAUCUCACAAUAAUUGUUGUUAUUUAAACAUAUGUUCUCUUAAAUCGAAUUUAACAAGUUGUACUUGUGAUUGGUUGAAUCGUUCAAUCUUAACCUGCUGUGACAUCAGUAAAAGAUGUUUUUAUUUAUGUGGACGUGAUAGUUGUAAUGGUUUAAUAUAUUAUGAACAAAAUCAAUAAACUAAACAUGAUACGAAAUGAGAGAAACUGGAAUAGUUUUCUGUGAUCAAAUAAAUCAGGUCAUUAGACCUUGAAAACACCAAAGAAAAAUGAUAAAACUAUGAGUACAGCGGACACAACGCUGUCAGUUUCAAUCAAAAUGGCCCCAGGGCCAGAACAUCGUCAAGAACCAGUAGCACCUGAUAAAACUACUGAAAAUAAUAGUGAAACCUCUAAUGAAAGAGUUAGUGAAAAUCCAGUGGUAGGUGUUGAAACUGUUAGUAACCAGAGUUCAAACACAGAAUGUGCUUCAAUGAACGCUGAUACUGCUUUAGACUCAACAAAUCAAAGUGCACCAACCAGUGUUACCUCAGACAAUAAGCAGGAAGAACCAGCUACUUUAUCAACAUUAAAUGAAGGUGAAUUACGUGCACUACUGGAUGAAGCUAUAACAUAUAAGUGUCCCAAAGAUCGUGAAGGAAAAUCAAGCCUUUUCAAAGAACUACUGCAAGAAGCAGAGGCUGAUGAAACUGAGGAAGGUCGUAGAAUAAUAACUAAUUCACGUUGUUUACCUGGAUCAAAUCGUAGAAGACAUAAGCGAGAUUCUGUGUCUGAAAGGUUAACACACGGAGGAUCUUUACAAAAUUUGGCCCAACCUAUUACUUCAGAAUUUGAUAGUAGCUUUGCUUACUUAACGUCUGGAUCUAGCCAUACUUACGGAGGAAGUAGAAGAAAAAAUAAAAAAUAUACAGGACCCAGUGUGUCUGCGAGGCAAAGGGAAGGUGGUUCAUUACCCUCAAAUGUUAAUGCAUCGCACAGUCUUGCUUCGUUGGUUAACUUAGAUUUGUUGUUUGAUAAAAAGAAGGGUUUCUGUGAAGAAAGGACAACAUAUGAUUGGACCAAUAAAGAAAAAUCCAAAUCUCUAGACAAACCAUCAUAUACCAAUACAAAAAAGGAAGAAAAAGACAAAAAGGACACGAAAAAGGAUUUGUGCGAAACCGAACUUGAAGUACGCGAGAAAAGAGGUAACAAAGGAAAACACGGGACAAAUGAAAUGCUUGAAUCAGAUAAUCCACCACCAGAGUAUAAAUCAGAUUACAUGGUGAUCGAUUUAGGUGAUACUGAGGUGGGUAGUAUUAGCGAAAGGAAUGUGGGAUCCACUAUAAGUGGGGUUCAGAGACCUCACUCUUUAGACACAGAAGAUGAUGAAGGAACUGAAAUGAAAAUCAUUGAACCACGUAGAUCUCAAUAUAUAUCACGCCCUACGUUCGAUAUAGCUCAAACUCCUGUGGAUACUACUAUAGAUUUUUCUUUCCGAGAACAUAGUGGAAAACAAGAUAAAUCAAAAAUAUCUGUGAACGGUAUAGAGGUAACCGGAGCCCUCUCUAUUCAAACUUUUAAUAGUGUGAAAUGUGGUAUUGGCGGAACUGCAAACAGUUCUAGUACUAGUCAGGGUAAAGUAGUUCCAAGUUUAUGCUCCAUGAUGUCUGCAUCCUUACAAACACAGAAUAUUACAAUGGGUUCCAGGUAUACGUCACAUACUACAGCAUCUGGAGAAAAGAAAUCUUUAGAUGAAAAUGGAAAUGCAGUGCAAAAUUAUAACGGAGAACGAAAGAAGUCUAGAAGAAAGCAGUCACAAGAACCCAAUGUUAUUAUAUAUAAUGCUGAACAAGUUGAAGGGCAUCGUAACGAAGAUAUCGACAGCUUAAUUAAUUUUAUCGAAAAUAAGGAAUCUAAAAGUAAAAAAGGAAAACCAGGUAAUCCAGUAAGAGUGAAAACUAGCUCUGGAGCAAAACCAAGGAGUAGAGAAAAAGAUACUAAAAGAGAACAGUUACCUGCCAAAUUGCAGAAAUCGAAUUCUCUUGAAGAGAUAUCUAAGACUAAACUUGAAGACCUCACAACAGAAAAAAGUGUUAGUUCCAGUGGUGCCAGUAGUAUAUCCAGUCAACAUGCCACGAUCAAUGUUGCUUUACGACGUGCAAAACAAAGAAGCACAGGGGAUGCAGCUAUUGACAGUCGUGGUGAUAGACGAUCCUGGGGAACUGAAGAAGGUCAGUCUAUAUAUUGCAAUGAUACUGGAGAUGAUUAUGCUAGUCGUCGAAACUCCAAUAAAAAAAUCAAUCCAGAACCUGAACACGAAACAGAAUUCCUGGUAGUUACGAAAAAGAAGAAGAGUAAAAAGCAGAGGAGAAGUUCUAGCGGUAGUAGAGCUCAGAAUUUGGCAACGUCUGGAUCUUAUCUUCAAAACUCCAGAGGAUUCUCCAAUGAAUAUAGAACACCACUUUCUCCUGAACUUAGAAGAAAAUCAGCAAGUAGUAUGCCACCAAGCGAUAAAUCAGAUAGUAGUGACUCUGAUUCUGUCCAUUCAUUGCCAGUAACAUCAAACACGUCCAAACACAAUUUAUCAAAAAUAGCUACCUCAUCGGGCGGAACGCCGCAGGCAAGUUACGCAGAUAUAGCUCGCAUGGCAACUAUUAAUAUGACACACAAUUCAGUGUUGAAUAUGUCUACAAUUGUCCCAACUAUGUUAAAUACGUCUUCUUGGCCUAGUGUGCCACCUAAAACACCCUCAGAGCCAGAUAAGAUUCCUCAAGAUUAUUAUCCUAGUUUAGAUGAAUUACAACACUCGGAUAGAAAAACAAGGCAACAUAACUUUACUCAUUCGAAUCACAUUUUGAACCUAAGUUUUGAAAAACCGCCUUCCCCGACAUUGGUAAAGAUGAAGAAUUUAACGGAAAGGAAAAAAGCAGAAGCUCAAGAAGAAGCUAUUAAUAAAAACAUUCAGGUUAUUAAAUAUGUUCAAGAUGUUGAAAAAAUGCGUCAGAAUUUAACGCAGCAAGAGCAAAAGAACGCAAAUACUAAUAGUCAUAGCACAAUUCCAAAUGAGGUGUCAGUGCCAUCAAAGCUCAAUAAUACAAUAACGAAUUGUAAUGUCGAUUCUGACAACAAUAAUUCUAGUGGUAACAAUGUUAAUAAUAAAGAUACAACUGUGAACAUGAGGUGUAACAAUCCUCGCUCACGCCGAGGCUAUGUUCAAAGCAAUCAAAAUGUACAAACUCAGGCGUUGUACGAAGAUCAACACUUCAAAAAAACUGGAUAUUCCCAUCACGAUGAGAAUACUAAAAAGUCAAAUACCACGGAAAAUUCCAGUACUCAUUCUGAGACUAAAAAUAAUCCCGGAACGGGAUCAUCUGACGAGGUCGAGUCACAAAAAUCCAGUACUCAGAACAAUCCAAAAUUGUCGCAAGAGAUACAAACUACUGAUCCGGAUGUUACAAAAAUAACCAAAAACGAAAAGUUAACGAAAACGAUAAAAGAACAGAACAAUAAUAUUAAACAGGAAACAAUUAAAUCAGGAAAUACCCAUUCGGUUAAUUCCAAACAAGACCAGCAAGAAGAUGCUGAAUCAAAGAAGACUAAACAAGGUGCAGCUGUGGAUAAAGACCAAAAAUCCGAAUCUCAGCCAUCUAAUAAACAAAAGACUUCAAGACCUGCGGUCAUAUUAUUGGACGAAAGUUCGUCCGAUGUUUCUAAGAACAGUGAAUUGCCAACAGAGCUUAGGUUUGGAUUCGAAAUUAACGAACAACUAUUAUUAUCCGAAGAAUCAGUAACCGAAGAGACGUCAACUGCCAGUUCUGUUUUUCCUUCUGUAGUUUCUCCGCUUAUAAGUAAACCACCUUCUAAUUUCGAUAGAUACCCUCCAAUAUUUGAAAAACAUAUGAGAUGCAAUAAAUUUGCGCCAAAUUUCAUGCAACCUCCAAAUACUCAUGUAACGCAACAGCCUAUGCCUUCGGUAAUGGUGCAGCGAUUGCCGUGUAUGGGUUAUCCUUCAAGGUUUCCUCCACCCACGUGUCUACCGCCGCCACCUGCACCUCCCCCAGGAAUAAUGGACAAAUACCAUCAUCAACCAAAAGAGGAUUUUUCUAUGCUAUACGUAGCACCUGAAGAAGACGUUAAUAUACAAACGUACAAUCAUGAUAAAAUUGUCUCGUUUGUUGGCUUAGCAUGGGAUGCCGUUAUGAGAGAAAUGCCAGUGACAGCAGGUGGUCGCAUACAGUUCUAUAGUGGUCAGUGAAAUGGGCACUAAGAAUAUGGGGUAAAUAACACAAUGUUUUUGUACUGGAAAAUUACCUCUAUCGCAAGUUAUCUGUUAUAAAGUGUAAACAGCUCGAAGAGUCUGCUUACUAAAAUGCAAGACCAAAUAUGUAUCUGAAUAGAAACAAAAUGAUCGAACCACUAUCAAACAAUUACUGAAACUUUUAGUGUCGAUCAUAGCAAAGAAGCUAUGCUAUAGUUUUCAAAUUAAAUUAUCAGUGAUAAUUCUGUAAAGCCAACUGGCGCAAAAUGUGCCUCAAAAGAUAAUGUACAUAAUAGUCAAUCAUCAGAAGAAGAAGAAGAAGACAAGACUUACGUAUUGUACGUUCUGACUGUACAUACGCUGAAAUGUUACAAAUACCUUUGGAAAGGUUGUAAUAACAUUAAAAGUCUCAGUAUUGACGUCUAUUACGAUAUUCGACUGAAAUUAUUAACGAGCAAAAUAUAUUUUGCUCUUGAAAAGUACGCAAGCAAAAUUUCCUUGUACAAAAGUGUGAAAAUUCAUAUAUUCAUAUAAUAUCCGGUAUAUGUUUUGAAGAAAGCACCUUUCGAAUCAACAUGAAAGUGAAGCAUUUUGGAAGAAAAUAAAAUAAAUAUAGAGGCAAUUUAAAUUAACUUUAAAUAAUUUUACCACGAAGCAGGUUUUUCAAGAACUGCAUCUGCUGUGACAGUGGUUUAAUGUUGAUGCCUUUCAAGUAAACAAAUACAUACGUAGAUCUUUGUAAUAAAGUUUACAAAUAGUCGAGGAAAAGACAGAAAGAAAGAAACCCAUUACGUUAACUAUGCCAAAUUGAGAUCGUCCGUCAGAAAUAUUGCUAAACUACUAACAGUUAUGUUGUAUAGUUGCCAGUCGAGAUGAUCUUUAAAAACAGCGUCUUAAAACAAGGAUUGUUGCAGCAGUCAGUGAGUCUUCGAAGAAAAAACUUUAGAAAAGUUAAAAUGGAAAAUAGUGGUUGCUAGAUUACAUGUACUUUAUUUAAGACAUCAUAAAAGAAAAGUAAAGAAAGCUAUAAAAGAUGUGUAAUGAAGUGUAAUGAAAAUGGUGAAUGUAAGUGUGUCAUUGAACAAGUGUAAAAUAUUUAAAAAAAAAAAAAAGGAAAAAAUAGUGUGAUUGACUUGCAACUUUAUUGAAGUGGUUGCUUCUUCCAGCCGCGACAGAUAAUAGUUUAAGAGAUUUAAAACAAAAACAAAACGGAAAAAAGGGCAAGAAAAAAAAGAAGGAAUCAUAAACUGAUUUUUUUUUUUGCAAAGAGAGGUUGCGCUCAAGAUCAUAAACUGGAUGAGAAACAGUGAGAAAAAAGUGCGAAUGUGUCGAAAACAAAACAAACAAAAAAACGCUAAAUUUUUACACAGACUCGCUUAUUUAAAGAAUAAUUAAUUAUUAAUUACUGGUAAUGAUAAUUAUAAUAAAAUACUUGCUUGUGAUCAUAAAGUAUGAUGGUGCGAAUGCGUGUGUAGUUUAUGUAGAUAUUCUUCUACUAGCAGAUGUCCAAUUUUAUUUUGAAAGUUACGUUUGAAUUUUUUUUUCUUUUUUUCUUUUUUGUUUCUCGAAUUUCCAAUCGAAUUUAUGUUAGUUUUCUAAAUUGGGCAAAACGAAAACAGUAAUACACUUUGUGGUUGUUACUGGUCUACACUAAGAAAAUGAAAACAAACUUAUACGAGUAAUCAAUCAAAAAACAAACAAAAAAAUACAAAAACACCAUGGAUUUAACAUAAUUCCUUUCAUGACGAUUCCAUUCGUUGUAUAGGAAGCCUACCUCCAACAUAUACAUACAUAUUUUAUUUUUCGAUAAGCGAACAAAAUAGCGAAACAGAUAACUUUACAUUGUGUUUUCAUUCAAAUGCAGAUUUCACGCAUCUUCAGCAAAAGAUAUGAAUGAUUAGAAAAGUGUGUGAAAUCUUAUCGCCUUUGAAAGUGAUGAUAAAAUAUAACAGACUACUGCAGAUAAGUUUCGUAUAAAGGAAUGAAAGUGUAUUUGUCUAUUUAGAUUAUCAUUAUUAUUAUUAUUAUUAAUAUCACUAUUAUUAUAAUUAUUAUUAAUAUUAUUAUUAUCAUUAUUAAUGAGGAGUUAAUAGUUAUUAACAACUUCAAAUUGGCAAUUUUUGUUAUUGCUUUCUUUUUGCAAAAUUUUAUUUUAUUGAAAGAAUGUGAGCUCCAUUGAUAUUUUCUAUUUUGUUCAACAAUAUAAUAACAGCACAGCUGGGGGUACAGCUUUCAGAUGAGUAAUAUGGUAAUGUAACAUAUUUAAGAAAGAAAAAAAAAAUUAUCGAUGCAUUUUGGAAUAUACCUUGAAGAAAAAGUCAUUCUGUAUGGUCUGAACAGGUUUUCAAGAAACAUGACAUCGUGAACUUUAAUACCACGUUUAAUUUCAUUAUUAAUAUUUUAACGGAAUAAUAGAAAACGUGAUGUGAAUCAUUCAAGCACACAUUUAUUUGUUCAUUUUAUACUACCCAUUUUAUAUACUUUUAACAUAUGUAAAGGAAAAAAAAGAUAGUCGCAAAAAUAUUCCUUAAUAAGCUGUAUACUAUAUUAUAUAAGAAAAACAACAACAAAAAUAGUUCUCUAAGAAUGUAGAAAAAAACAACAUCCAGAUGUGACUAAUUCAUUUUUAAUCGCAAGACCUCUUUAUUAUUCUAAUUACAUCACGUAAUAGUAACGAUCGUUUUAUCAUUGCUUUAAUUGGAUAAGUGACAUUUCUUCAGGGUAUAUGUUUGAUCCGACAUGCAGGAAACUAUUUAAAAGUCAGGUGCUCCAUCGCCUUAAAACGUUAGUAGAAUGCAGUAUCAGCCUGUGCCGUUGACCGGUUCGAAUGGCCAACAUUACUAACUUCGCAGAGAUUAAGCACAGAAGUACUUGAUGAAAAUAGGACCAUAGAGCGUUUGUUUAUUAGCGAGCGUCGAGUGGCAGCUAUGCUGAAACGAUGUUAUAGUUGUAACACGUGGUUUAUCGAUAAGAAAAGAACAAAAAUGUAAUAUACAGUUCUUUUCUGAACGCAGGAAAAUUGUAUUAAUAGAAAUCAUUAACCUUUUGCGCUUGCGCUACAAAUAUGCAUAGAUAAUAUACAGGGUGUUCUAUAAUAAAAGAGGUUUAGGACCUGCAGAGCACACAAUGUUUAAACAACUGACGAGGAAAUGUUUAUGAACAUAUGUUGAAAAAUCAAUCCCUUCAAAACCGUAAACAAUUCUUAUCUUUAGAUGAUAACUGAUUUUAGUUUCUAGUUUUUGGGUAUAAUGGGGGGGGGGGGGCAGGCCAAUGUUUUAUUAAUAUUGCAGUUAACUUUUUUAAGAUCAGGCGAUUCAUCGAUGGUCUGACUUUAUUAAGAAAACGUAAAGAAAACCCAACAAAAAAAGGAUAUAACUUACAUCAAAAAAUACAUUUAGUAUUAUAUCAUACAUCUAUUAGAAAGGCUAAUAAUAAUUAAUCAUUGCCAUUUAGAUUGCGCAUUUCUGUAGUAAAUAUCUAUAUUUUAACAAGUUUUAUGCUGCAUGGACCAGUGGUGAUCAAUUGAAGAACAAUAAUUUUUGAUUUAAUAUAAAAGAUUAUUAUAACAGUAUAAUUACAAUUUUUUUUAGAAUCAAGUAGUAUCAUAAGAAUUUUGUUCUUAGUGUAAAGAUACAAUUGAUUUAAAAAUAAUACACAUAUUUUUUUUUACUGUUAAUUUACCAAAGCUACAAAUACUUCAAUAUUGUUUUUUGAUAUUAUACAAAAGGGGAAAAAAGAAUUGUCUUUGUAUAAAUAAAACUGAUCUACUUGUGGAUGCAACAUAAUUAUGAUGCAUGUGAAAAAUAAAAUGAACUAUCAGUAAAUUACUGAAUUUGCAAUUUUAUAAUGUAAAGAUAUUUUCUGUGUAAAUAUGCAGAUAUAAAUGAUUGAAUUUUCGACAUACGUUCACUAAACAAUCUUCAUUCAAUGUAGUACUAUUUACUAUUUAAGUUUUAAACUUUUUUUUUAAACACUCUGUAUACUAUCCUGAUUCGAGUACCGUUCAAAGAUGUUCAGAAAUUUGUACCUAUUCUAAGUACUAUUUUUCUUACUCUUUGUGAGAAAGUAAGUUAUUGUUUCUUUUAAAAAUUCUUAAUUUAUAUAAUGAACAUCGAAUGAAACAGAAAUAACUGAAUAAAAGAGUGCAAAGGGUUAACAAAUCCGAGAAGGGUAUACAGUUGAGAAAGCGAAUCUUUUCUUUUUCUGUUUUCAUUUCUAAAGCGUUUGAAAAUGUGAAUAAUAAAGAGACAGCGUUGUUUUCGUUCAAACGACAGGCUAAUUGCAUUUAUCCAUGAACUCUCUCGUAGUCUGUAUUGUAACAUAAAGUAUACAUACAUAUAUGUUUUUCUCGCAAUAGGCACAAAACGGAUUUUGUGAACUUUGUAAUCUAGAAAAAAAAAAUCAAAUUGCUAUUGCACAUUCUGUUCUCAGCUAUAUUAUUAACGAUAUAGAUUCGGUUGAACUGUUGAAACAUCGCUACAAUAUAAAUUAAUACAUUGCGUACAACA